AUGAUGUCAGCCAAAACUGAUAUUCCAACUGCAUCAUCACCACCAUCUCCAUCUCCAUCACCAACAACUGCAAAUUCUACUAUAACUACAAUCACAACAUCAUCACCCACUUCUGAAUCCAAACCUAGAGGAUUACCUUCAUCUGAACCCUAUCACUUUAACAUCCAACAACAACAGUACCACCACUUACACCACUACGGAAAUAACAAUAGGCUCUCAACGCGACAAGAUUUACAAGAAUUAAAAGAACAGGUGACAUCACACAACAACAACAACAAUAAUAAUACACCCACCACUAUGUCGUAUAAUUCAACACCUUCUACAAUAAUAACAGCAAACUUAAACCUGGUAAAUACAUUCCCACUUUCUGCAUCAACAACACCAACCACACUGACCACACUAACUACUAGUACAUCCACUAUAAUAAACGAAAACCCCAAAGACAAAGACAAAGAUAAAGAUAAAGAUAAAGAUAACCAUGACGUUGAUAACGAAGAUGAUGAUAUUCAGAAUAAACUAUUAUUAAAGGAACAAUCUUUAAAUGAUAUCAAACUUCAAUGCUCACGUUUAAUUUAUGAAUUAGAAGGGAAUAAUGAACCAGAAUUAAUCAUCAAGAAAUAUAUUCAAGAUUUGAAUAAAUAUAAUGAAUUAAAAGAUUUGGCACUACAAUUAAUUACCUUAAUUGCUGAUCAACGUAAAGUUAAAACUUCAGAUAUUUUACAAGAAAUGAAUAUUGAUAUAAAUAAUAAUGAAUAA